CUGAAACUUUCAUGCUCCUUCUUCUUCGGUGGGACUGGGCCACCAGCAAUCGGUGUAGCUGCCUUCAGCCAAUUACCCUUUAAUGACGGAGCUAUUAAUAACUCAGGAAAGAGUAGUCGUUGCGUCGCCUCCGUCUUUAGGUUAGGGUGGCAAACAUGGAAGGACCACAAGUAAUGAAGUCACUCGUGGAAUGAGGGGAGGCCCCAAACAUCUUUCCUUGAUUCUGACAACCACCUAUUGAAUUUCCCAAGAUAUCCACUCUCUGCCCGCUGCAAACAUGGCACUGAUGAAGAUUAGAUUUAACCAGAGGAAAAGAGUCAAGUUGGCUCAGGGGUUAUGGCUGAUGAAUUGGUGCUGUGUAUUAGCUGGCAUAGCCCUUUUCACCAUGGGAAUAUUCCUAAAAAUCGAGCUCAGGAAGAGGAGCGAGGUGAUGGAUAAUGUUGAAAGCCAUUUUGUGCCCAAUUCUCUCAUAUUAAUCGGUGUGUUGGCUUGUUCCCUCAAUGCGUUUGCUGGGAAAAUCUGCUACGAUUCCCUGGACCCUGCAAAAUUUGCAAGGUGGAAGCCUAUGCUGAAACCUUAUGUGAUUAUCUGUCUGCUGUUUAAUAUCUUCACCUUCUUCAUCGCUGUGAUGUGUCUUGUGACCAGGGGGUCCUUGGAGAGUACUCUGGCACACGGAUUAAAGAAUGGCAUGAGGUACUACAAGGACACGGACACCCCAGGCAGAUGUUUCAUGAAGAAGACCAUCGACUUGCUCCAAAUUGAAUUUAAAUGCUGUGGGAACAAUGGCUUCCGGGAUUGGUUCGAGAUCCAGUGGGUCAGUAACCGAUACCUGGACUUCAGCUCUAAGGAGGUGAAAGACCGGAUUAAAAGUAAUGUGGAUGGAAAAUUCUUGAUUGAUGGCGUCCCUUUCAGCUGCUGCAACCCCAACUCUCCCAGGCCGUGCAUCCAGCUUCAGAUGACCAAUAACUCCGCCCACUACAGCUAUGACCACCAGACGGAGGAGCUCAACUUGUGGACUCGGGGCUGCAGGGAAGCUCUUCUCACUUACUACACCAGUAUGAUAAGUUCAAUGGGGGCCCUUGUGCUCCUCGUCUGGAUCAUGGAGAUGACCGUCAUGAUUGGGCUGAGGUAUCUGCACACAUGUCUGGAAAGCAUAGACAACCCUGAAGACCCCGAAUGUGAGAGUGAAGGUUGGGUGCUGGAGAAGAGCCUGAAAGAGACUUUUUCAUCAUUCUGGGAGGUCCUGAAAAGUAUGGGUAAGCUGAACCAGGUGGAGAACGCGGAAGGUGAUGGCGGAGAUAAGGGUCCAUCAGUCGCCACAGUCAGCUGAACUCCAGGAUCCACAGGGACUGUGAAGAAGACAUCUUUACCAACGUGAAUUUUAUUUCUGCGCAAAAAAAAAAUGCGCAUCUGCUAAAAUGUCCAGACAUCCCCCUUCAUUGCACAGCGAUAUCUGCUGCAUUCACUAUCAAUUCUUAUUCUAAUUUGCACAUAUCCUAACUAAAGAGGAUCUCUGCCAAGGAAGUAUAAUUAAAAUUGCCCAACAUCCCAACAUUUUGUAAGAAUGAAUUCAAUGAAGGGGACUGGACUAGUAAUUAUUUAACAUUUCUCCCUUUAAAUUGCUACCAUAAAUGUGCUGAAAAGGAAUUCCUUUAUACGAGAUUGAGAGACAGAAGAAGGUUUUUCUGUAUAGUGUUGCAUGUACAUUUAUUAUUACAGGUCUGUUAAGCGCUAAUCAAUCACUGGCUCCAUAGCAGCCUGGGAUGUUGUACAACAUUAUAUUGGAUAAAGGCUUGUUUGUUAGAAUACAGGGCUAUAGCUGGUUAUUCUAGAAAUGGGAAAAUUAUUUUGAGUCACUAGUUUCCAAAAUAUCGGAAAAAAUAAAUAAAAAAUAAAUAAAAAAAAAGUUUAAGCUACACCUAUAAGCCGGUUUGUGCUUACACCCUAUUAGAAUUUUAUUGCUGCCUGUAAUAGGGUAACAAAAUCUAAAAGCUGAUAUGUUAAGGCACAGAAGCCUAUGGGUAACACGGACGAACAAAUAACAUGAUUAGACACAGCUAAGCUGCCAUUUUAUCAUUUUGCAAAGCCCCAUUCUCACGGGCGCUGAGGCCGGUAGUCCGUCAAUGGACUGCGUGUUUACGCAGCUUGAGGCACCAGGUGCUGCUUGCAGGGAGGCCAUCCAAGUCUAUGGGGAUACCAAUUUGACAGGCCUGCAGGUACAGGUGAGCAGCCCCGAAUGCACAUCGUCUGCAUAUGGGGUUGCUUAUGAGCAUGCCUGCAAAAUUGUGACAAGCGGCUGUAUCAAUGCACCCAUUACAUCCCCAUGGACAUGAAUAGGCUGCUUGCACACAGCACCCAGAGGCUUAAGCCACAUAUAAACAUGGCCUGUUCGUGGACUACGGGCCCCAGCGCUCGUGUGAAUGAGGCCUAAUUUAUAAAUAAAUACAGUUUGUAUAGUUACUUUAUUCUAGCUGUUGCAUCACACGUUUGUCUUUCUGUAUCAAACAACAUUUAUUACAUAGUCAGACAAGUUUGUGCAUACUGACCCCCGUUUUGUGGCCGAAAACCACUACCAGCAUUUUGGAGUAAAUGUAAAUAUGACUAAAGAAUUCUGUUUGUUCACCUGACUUUACACUGUAAGCUUUAUGGAUGAUAGUGACACAAAUAAAACAUGUAACAGUGAUACGUAGAUUGGAUGCAA